AUGGCAAUGAUUGGUGGCCAAUUGGCUCACCCUACACCACUGCAAAAUAACUAUUGCAACGGAUUAGUGCAACCGUCGUUAAUUAUGAAUCAUCAUGUUGAUUGUCAGGAGGAUAUUCACCCAAUACUGGCAACAAAUAUCACUGGACAAACCGGAAAUCACUUUUUUGCGAUCAUGAAGAAAAACAUUUAUAACUGUAUCCAAAAACACUUUAAAAGUCAUUAA